AUGGGGCCACUGGGGACCCCGUUAGACUCUCCAGAGAAGAGUGCCUAUAAAGCCACUGUGGAUAACUCAGCAUGGGAGGGUGCACCACUGGGUUCCUGCUCUCCGCUCAGCUGUGCUAUUGUGAUGGGGCUCCAGGCUAGGACGAGUUUGCUCCAUGGGGGCCUUUUCCUCCUACCCACAGUGGUGGCGAUGCUUCUCCUUGGUGCAAGUGCUGGCCCAGCAGCACCCACUGCCAGCUCCCGGAGUGGGUUCCCCGCAGACUGUAGCCACCUCCGCAAGAACAGCCCCAGUGGGGUGUACGUCAUCCAACCAGCACGGUCCCCCCCACGUGUGGUGUGGUGUGACAUGGACACCGAAGGCAAGGGCUGGACUGUUGUCCAGAGAAACUCUCAUGACACUGAGCUCACAUGGAAGCAAUCCUGGACCACCUACAAGUACGGCUUCGGGAACGUGCAGGGCGAUCACUGGAUGGGCACCGAGUACCUGCACCUGCUGACACAGCAGGGCACCUACAAGGUCCGAUUCAUCGUGCGGAACAAAGCCAACGUCACCCAUUUUGCUGAGUACGACAUCUUCAGGGUGGAGAGUGAGGCCAGUGGGUACCCGCUGCGGCUGGGCCGGCAUUCUGGUGAAGGGGAUGACUACCUGACCCUCUAUCACCCCAAGAAGGGGGGUAUCCAUGACAACAUGAAGUUCAGCACGACCGACAAGGACCAGGACCAGUACAGUGGGAACUGUGCCAGCAGCUAUGGGGGCUGGUGGUACGACAGAUGCCAGAAUGUCCUGCUCAACGCCAAAAACCGCAUCCUUUGGCCAGGAUUCUGUGAUAACGGCGACUGCGCAUCCUCCCUCAUCCUGGUCAAACCCACAGACGUGUGCUGA